CUACAGUUUCACGAGUCAAUGGGCAUGUCGCUCAAAAUGCCACAAGAGUACACGAAAAGAGCCCUAUUGUGCCUAAAACAGGCAAAGAGGUAGCCAAGGAGGGAUUCCCUGUUUUGAGUAGUUGUGAAAAAAUGCAAAUUGAUGAAGAGGAAGCUUCCUGACCACCCGGGAAAAGGACAAAAAUCUCCUGAUCUCGAAUAUAGGAAAAUUCCAGUGGAAGUGAAGUUAUUUCAUCACGCUGAAGCAAGUGGACAAGUUUCUGGUGCAAUUGAUCAAAUAGCGGUCGAGGACUUUCUCCCACCGCGCGCGAUCUGCCUGCGCACGUCAUUCACGCUGCCCCACUAUAUAAUGCAGCCACGGGCAGACAGACAACAACAUUGAAGUGCAAUCAGUGAGAUCAUGUUUCUUGAGCAAGUGGUUCCAGACUUUGAGGCCCAGAGUACCCAGGGUCCUCUAAAGUUCUACGAAUGGCUGGGGGAUUCUUGGUGUGUGAUCUUCUCCCAUCCGGCGGAUUUUACGCCUGUUUGCACCACAGAACUGGGAAGGAUUGCAGUUCACUUCCCGGAAUUCCAGAAGCGCAAUUGCAAACUCCUGGCCCAUUCAGUGGAUGAUGUAGGGAAGCAUGUUGACUGGGUCAAUGACAUCAAGAGCUACUGCUUGGACAUUCCUGGGGAUUUUCCGUAUCCCAUCAUAGCGGAUCCAGAACGCAAUCUUGCCGUCCAGUUUGGGAUGAUUGACGCCAAGCAGCGAAAUGAUGCAGCAGUAGCCCAAACAGUUCGAGCGCUCUUCAUCAUAAGCCCAGAUAAAAGAUUGCGUCUCUCAAUGACCUAUCCAGCCUCAACGGGUCGCAAUGUCGAUGAAAUCCUGCGUUGUAUUGACUCCCUGCAAUUGGUUGAUCGCAUAAAAAUUGUGGCAACUCCGGCAAAUUGGACGCCUGGUGAAAAGGUCAUGAUUCUUCCUGAGGUUACGGAUGAAGAGGCGGAAAAGAUGUUCCCACGUGGUGUUGAUCGGGUCUCAAUGCCUUCCGGUAUUAACUACGUCCGUACCACAACUAAAUAUCAAUAGAAUAAGUUUCUUCCUUUCCAAAAUGUUUAAAAAUUACAAAUAAAGUUGACUUGAAGAAUUGUGAA